AUGGAUUCAAACAACUACAGGCACAAUGGAGGUCGUUACAUGUAUCCUAACAACUCGCGAUCGAGUAGCCCCCACAAUGAACGAUCCCGUGCUGCCUAUGGUGUCCCUCCUCAUCGUGGCUCAACUUAUAGGAAUGGCUAUAACAGUCCCAACGUUACUCCAAAUAUCCCCCAAAAACCUGGCACUGGUGUUCUUCAUUCAGCAUCGUCAUAUAUCCCCUCCCAUAAUGCAAAUCCCCGCCAACAACGUGAUGAUGGCUUGGAUUUGGAAGAGGUGUGGCCGGAAAUUAUCGAUAUCCCGGAAAAUCAGUGGUUGUUUACCAAAGAGGAUAUUGUCGACAAGACCCCAACACGAACCCACCAAAAAGAACCAAUAGACUACAAUACAGAACUUGUGUUCCGUGGGAAAGCGGUGCUUCGUGCAAAAGAGUUUGGUAAAGGUUUAGGUCUAAGGCUACGAACUGUCCUCGCAGCACAAACAUACCUCCAGCGAUUCUACAUGAAUGUUUCGUUUCCCGAAUUCCCGUAUAAACAAGUGGUGGCCGCUGCAAUAUUUUUGGCAACUAAAGCCGAAGAAGAUAUGAGGAGAAUAGACAGUAUUGUAGCAAUCCUAGCCAAGCAAGAGAAUAAUCGAAAUGAAGAGGAAUGGGGGACUUAUAAAGACGCCCUUAAAAUUUUGGAAAAUAAAUUACUAAUAGUUCUUCGAUUCGAUCUUUUACUCCGUUUCCCGUCAGAUAUCUUUGUGGAGAAUAACUAUGCUGAUUGUUUCCCAGAAAUCCCAAAUAAAGCCUUAUAUGAGGAAGGUGAUUGGUUUUUCAGAACUGUGGGGUUCACCCCGGCCGUACUAUUGUACAACGGUAAUGAGUUGGCAGCAACUGCGUUUGCAUUAAUUUGUUCCAGAUUGAAGCGCAAAGUUCCUCAUCUCUAUCUUCAAAAGAAAUUUGGGGUAGGUCUUGCCAAAAUUAGCGACAUUAUAGAGUAUUUGAGACCAAUAUUGCGGGAAUUUGUCAAGCAGCAGUUUUUCUCAAGGACCAUCAUCAGCAACAAAGAAUACACAUACGAUGAUUUAUUGAAAUACAGCUUGGAAGAUUUGAAAAACAUUAUAGAACAAGUCGAUGAUGACGAUCUCAAACAGGGGAAUGAGGAGGCAGUUAUUAUUACAUGGAAUUCAUCGUCUCAGGUAGAUAAUGACCUAAUUCCACCUCCAACAUCAGCCCCUCCUCUACCUCCUGCUCCUGCUCCUACUCCUCUGCUACCACUAGCACCUCCUGCGUCUCUCCCGCCCCCGCCACCUCCUUCAAUUAAUGCUGCCCGGCCUCAUGCCUCAGCAAAUAGAUUUACUGAUCAUCCGGCAGAUUCAGAUAAUAGAAGAUACUACCUGGUACAAGAUGGCAUGGUUCCUGGUAGAACUCUUCCGGAUCAACAAAAAACUAAAGACCUUGAUUAUUAA